AUGUCCAGCUCUUCAGAGCUAUUGUACAACUCCCGAGGUGCUGGUCAAUCGGUUAUGUCGCAAAACUUGCCAGACCUGUUACAAUAUUACAUAUUCACAUCUGCUUCUGAUCCAGACCGAGGAGUCACACCUGGUCCUGAAGAUUGCUUUGACCUCGACCCGAAGUGUGACACCAUAGCACUGGGCAACGCUUGUGUGCAUAAUGACCUGGUCAGUCGCGUGUGUCCAGUCACGUGUAAAAUCUGUAAUGAAACAAUCUCAAGGCCCAGAAACACUUCAGAAUGUGUAGAUUAUGAUCCAGACUGCAGUACAUUACACUAUGCUUGCGGAGCUGUGGAUUUAGUGGAUAUGCUUUGUCCGCAGACAUGUGCAGUAUGUAAAAGUAUACAUUAA